AAGAAACCAGAAGACCAAGGAAACUAGACUUUGUUUGAUCUCUCUCCCUCUCUAUAGGGUAGCCCUUAAACAGCUUUUAGGGUAGGGUGACUUAGAGCUUUUAAAAGAGAGCCAUAAACUUAGAGUUGCUUGAUUCACAAACAGAAGGAAACCAGAGAGUUUUCGAUUUCAUAUUGCAUGUGUCACGUGAAGAUAAGGUCGAGUUGAGCAAUACCCAUCUCAGAUUUGCUCGAAAUGAGACCAAAGAUUUAUCUUUUUGGUGAUUCUAUCACUGAAGAAUCCUUCGAUGAUGGAGGCUGGGGUGCUUCUCUCGCUCAUAUUUUCUCUCGCACGGUUGAUGUUGUGUUGAGAGGGUACAGUGGGUACAAUACGAGAUGGGCGUUGAAGGUGGUGGAGAGGGUUUUUGAUCCGCCGGUGGAAAGGGGAGGAGAUGGUGGUGCACAACCAUUAGCUGUAACGGUGUUUUUUGGAGCUAAUGAUGCUUGUCUUCCAGAUAGAUGCUCCGCCUGGCAGCACGUGCCUCUCCCAGAAUACAAGCAAAAUCUUCACGCCAUUUUCUCAUUUUUCAAGGCUCGCUGGCCAAACACUAUCAUUCUUUUCAUCACUCCCCCUCCAAUCGACGAAGCUGCACGCCUCAGGUAUCCUUAUGUUGAGAAUCUGCUAGGUCUGUCCGAGAGGACAAAUGAAGCUGCUGGUGCUUAUGCCAAGGCAUGUAUUGCUGUUGCCGAAGAAUGUAGAUGCCCUGUGGUAGAUAUCUGGACCAAAAUGCAGCAAAAUUCUAACUGGAAAAAUGCUUAUCUAAGGGAUGGCUUGCACCUGAGUCGGAGUGGGAACAAGUUCGUGUUCGAGGAAGUGGUCGUGAAGCUCAAGGAACAGGGGUUGAGUGUAGAGAAAUUGCCAGUUGAUCUUCCACUCAUUGCUGAUAUUGACCCUAAGGAUCCACUCAAGUCAUUUCAGAAAUAAGAUCAUUGCAUUUCAUUGUUAAUGGAGCAAUUAUAUAUAAAUAGCCAAGAGAGUGAUAUGUGAGCUGUUCUAUAUAUGAAUCAAGAUACCAUCUGUCUUGUAAGGUUAUAGAGAGCUCAAGCUCUUAUGUGAAUGAAUUUAACACUUAUUAAAUUAAAUUUUUAUAUUUAAAUUUGUG